AUGGCUUCUCACGGCAAUGUGGUUCAUGAGGCAGCAACCUCAACAGCCAACAUGGAAACCUCAGAGUUCCGCGAUCUCAUCACGCAGGCGCAAGCCAGUGCUGAUGCUGACUCGAAAUUGUCUGUUAUGGAGGCGCUCAAGAAACACAAGAAAGCAGUGUUCUGGGCCAUGAUCCUCUCGACCAGUCUAGUCAUGGAAGGAUACGACUUAGUCAUCAUCAACUCGUUCUAUGGCCAACCACAAUUCCAACGGAGAUUUGGUGAGAAAGUCGGCGAUGAUAAGUGGGCUAUCUCAGCUGCUUGGCAGUCUGGACUAUCCAAUUCGGCUGUUGUCGGUCAGUUGAUUGGCCUGGUUUUGAACACCGAGUUUCAGGAUUCCUUCGGAUCUCGUAACACCAUGAUGUUCUUCAUGGUUUGGCUGAUUGGCGCGAUCUUCAUCCCCUUCUUCGCUCCUUCUCUGCCUGUUCUUGCAGUCGGAGAAGCUCUUUGCGGCAUCCCAUGGGGUGUUUUCCAGACUCUUUCAACAUCAUACGCAUCUGAGGUUGUACCGACUGUCCUUAGACCCUACGUUACUGCCUAUGUCUGUAUGUGCUGGGGUGCAGGCAUCCUUCUAUCUUCCGGUGUCGCACGAGCGUGUAUCACUCUCAAUGGAGACACCGCUUGGAGACUGCCAUUCGCACUACAAUGGAUGUGGCCUGUGCCUUUAUUUAUACUCGCAUACCUUGCUCCCGAGUCGCCCUGGAACGCCGUAAGACGUUAUAAGAUUGAUCUGGCAAGAAAGAGUCUGCAGCGUCUGGUUGGCAAGAGCCACGAUCAAGCUCAUGAGGUCGAGUGCAGCUUGGCAUAUAUUGUCUAUACCACCGAACAAGAACAAGCCGAGACAGAGGGAGCUAGACUCAUAGAUUGUUUCCGUGGCACCAAUCUCCGCCGAACUGAGAUUAACUGUGUCGUUUGGGCCGCCCAAAUCCUUUGCGGUAACGCUAUUCUCGGUUACAGCGUCGUCUUUCUGGAAGCUGCAGGCUUCAGUCCUGUCGCAGCGCUUGAUCUGAACAUUGGUCUUUCUGCUUGCUACAUCGUCGGCGGCAUGAUUUGUUGGCUUCUAUUCCCUCGCUUCGGUCGAGCUACGAUCUACAUGACUGGUCUGACUUUCAUGUUCUUCUGCCUCGUCGCAAUCGGUGGCCUUGGAUUUACUACCAGCAAGCAUGCUGAGAUGGCUAUUGGUAUCCUUCUUAUCGUCUCUACACUUGCCAACAUGAUCACCAUCGGACCGGUCUGUUACCCAAUUGUAGCAGAGACACCUUCUGGAAGACUUCGAUACAAGACCAUCACCAUCGGAAGAUUCGUGUACAAUUUGACCGGCAUUUUCUCCAACAGCGUUACACCUCGGAUGAUAUCUUCAUCGGCAUGGAACUGGGGAGCCAAAGCAGGUCUCUUCUACGCCGGCACAAACUUGCUCUGUAACAUCUGGUGCUGGUUCCGCCUUCCUGAGACCAAAGACCGCAGUUUCGGCGAGAUUGACUUGCUCUUCGAGAACAAGGUUCCGGCUAGACAAUUCAGAACUACUGAGGUCAACCAAUUCUCUACCAACCAGAUGAUCCUCGAGAUCAAGGAGAAAGAGAGUGCUGUCCAUGUCGAGAGGGUCUCAUGA